AUGGGCGAAGCAGACAAGAAUACAUUCGACCGAAAUCCACGCAGUGAAAACGAAGCGAAGGUAGAAAACGACGCGUCUGUGGAGAUAGAACGUCAAAGGAGAUACACUGAGCUGUUCGAGCAAUUGGAUUUGAAUAGAGAUGGUAGAGUUGACAUUAGUGAGCUGCGAAUUGGACUGGCUGCUCGGGGUUUGCACCAGGGAGAGGCUGAAGAGAUAGUCCUGGAGAGUGACAUCAAUCGUGAUGGUUUGCUGGACUUCCAAGAGUUCUCCCAGUACCUGCAGGCUCAUGAGAAGAGGCUAUGGCUCAUGUUCCACAAACUGGAUCGGAAUAAUGAUGGGAAAAUUGAUCUUGGUGAGAUCCAGGACUUGCUGCACAAACUUGGAGUUGAGGUUACCAAAGAGCAGGCCUCCCGAAUACUGCAAAGCAUGGACAAGGAUGGCACUAUGACCAUUAACUGGAAAGAGUGGCGGGAUCACUUCUUGUUCAAUCCUUUCCACAACGUGGAGGAGAUUGUCCACUUCUGGAAGCACUCCCAUAUGUUUGACAUUGGGGAACAUUUGACGGUGCCAGAUGAGUUCUCAGAAAAGGAAAGACGAUCCGGUCUGGUAUGGAGGCAGUUGGUUGCUGGAGCAAUGGCAGGUGCUGUGUCCAGAACAGGAACUGCUCCUCUGGAUCGCUUGAAAGUUUUCCUGCAGGUACAUGGUUCCAUGUCUCAUGGAAAAAAUCUGUGGUCGGGGCUAAGAGGGAUGAUCCAGGAGGGGGGUGUCUCCUCACUCUGGAGGGGGAAUGGCAUCAAUGUCCUCAAGAUUGCCCCAGAAUCUGCGAUCAAAUUUAUGGCCUAUGAACAGAUCAAGCGGCUGAUCCGUGGCAGCAGAGAAGGAGGAAGCUUAAGAGUACAAGAAAGAUUCCUUGCUGGUUCUUUGGCAGGAGCUACAGCCCAGACUAUCAUCUACCCCAUGGAGGUGCUUAAAACGCGUCUCACAUUGAGGACGACGGGACAGUACUCAGGUAUGGCUGACUGCGCCAGACAGAUCCUGAAAAGGGAGGGAGUCCGGGCGUUCUACAGGGGCUACUUGCCGAAUACAAUUGGCAUUAUACCCUACGCUGGUAUCGACUUAGCUGUUUAUGAGACUCUUAAGAACGCCUGGCUUCAGAGGUACUGUCUAAACUCUGCAGAUCCAGGUGUCUUGGUUCUCUUAGGCUGUGGCACUGUGUCUAGUACCUGUGGGCAGCUGGCGUCUUAUCCACUGGCUCUCAUUCGAACAAGGAUGCAGGCGCAAGCUAGCACAGAGUAUAACCCUAAACUAACCAUGGUGGGGCAGUUUAGAUACAUCUUAUCCAAUGAAGGUGUCUCUGGUCUGUAUCGUGGCAUCGCACCCAACUUUCUCAAAGUCAUUCCUGCUGUUAGCAUUUCCUAUGUGGUGUAUGAGCACAUGAAGAAAUUCCUUGGAGUGGGAUACUAG